CGACAAACCCUACCUUUGGGGUUUUCGGUUUAUGUCUUAACACCGUCUCUCUCCUUUCUCGAUCGACUUUCGGUGUUGCCAUGGAAGAAGAAUACUCAGUGACCGAUCCCAUUCAAUUACUUGAAGCAGCUUCAGAAUUCGCCCAUGACCCCGGAUUUCUAUCCGACGCUUCCACGCAGGAGUUCCUUUUCCGAUUCCCUCUCCCAGUCAUCAUCAAUGCUUUACAAACAAAAGCAGAUGUGCUUGGUCUUGAAAAUGCUUUGGUUGCUUGCUUGGAGAGGAUUUUUGGGACAAAAUAUGGGGCCUCCCUCAUUCCACAGUACAUGCCUUUUGUCGUAGUUGGCUUGGGGGCAGAUUCUCAAAAAGUCAGAUACGUCGCAUGCAAAACAGUUUCUUGCCUUUGGGAGUAUUUUGAUGAAACCAAUAUUUCUGCAGCACGGCUAGUUGUCGAGUAUGAUGUGUAUCCUCUUCUACUUAAGUGCCUGAUUGAUGGUGAUGAACAAGUUGCCACUGCCUCGACGGAUGUAAUUAGGAAAUUUGUUGGUUCUCCAGAAGGACUGGGUAUGGUCUUUCCAGCUAAUGUCAAUGAAGCUACACAUCUGAGAAAUGUAGCAGCACGAUGCUCAUCACUGGGACGUGUCCGAGUUUUGGCUUUGAUUGUGAAGCUAUUCUCGAUUUCCAGCUCUGUGGCAUCUGUAGUUUACAAUUCGAAUCUGCUUAGUCUAUUAGAAGCAGAACUGAGAAACGUGAACGAUACACUCGUAACUUUGAGUGUGUUGGAGCUCUUUUAUGAGUUGGCAGAAAUUCAGCAUAGCACAGAGUUCUUAUCGAGGACUACCCUUUUUCAAAUACUUGCUUCAUUGAUAAGCAAUGGGUCGAUUGGAUCAAUUUUGAGAGCAAGAGCAAUGACGAUAAUUGGAAGGCUUUUGUCCAAGGAGGAUGUUUUUAUGUUUAUCGAUGAGUCUAGUGUUAAUACUGUUAUUUCAGCUAUUGUUGGAAGGCUUGGGCUGUUGGAAAGUGAAGAUGCAGAUGAAUUUGAGUGCACAGUUGAAGCAUUGGGUGAAAUAGGGAUGACAAUCCAAGGAGCAACAGUUCUACUCUCAAACACUCCCCCAACUGCUAGACAUGUUGUUGAUGCGGCCUUUGAUCAGCAUGGGCGUGGUAAACAGCUGGCAGCAUUGCAUGCUCUUGGAAAUAUUGCUGGAGAACCUCGAUCAGAAAGCAACAGGAUUCUGAAUGUUAAUGCCGAAGAAAGCCUUCGAUUCUUGAUCUAUGAAACAGCUUCGAAAUCUUCAAAGUUUGCACCAUCUGGGCUUCUCCUAUCAGUUCUUCAACAGGAAUCAGAAAUUCGUCUCGCUGGUUAUCGGUUGAUAACAGGAUUGGUGGCUCGUCCGUGGUGUUUGAUGGAGAUAUGCUCGAGACAAGAGAUAAUAAAUAUAGUGACUGACCCAUUUACUGAAACCACUAAGAUAGGUAUGGAAGUUAGACAUAAUUGUUGCCAGGCAAUUAGUAAGGCCCUCUUGUCGUCACCUAAACUAACAAGUGACCAUGCCCUGGCGGGAAUCGCUGCAAAGUUGGAUGAAGCUGUAAGAAGGGGUCCUUACCUUGCAAGGAAGAAUUCUAAAGCUCAACCUGCAGUAAUGACAGCUGAGAGAUUUUGAUUUCCUGUCGAUAUUCUAGCUCACCAGAUGUUAUGAGGCUCUCCUUUUUCUGUUGGGCCUUCGCUGUUGUCAUCGUGUAUAACAUUUUUCUUCUGCAAAUUAAUCUUUACUACUUAAUGUGUCAAUCUUUGAAGUGAUUUCACUUCUAGCUUGAUAUGAACAGAACCUUACAAAUAUACUUGAGAGAUGAUUCGCGAAUGCUUACUAGAAUUUACCGGGAGGACUACUCGGGGAACAAA